UUACUAAAACAGUCAACAUAAAAAUUCAUCAAAUGUCGCCCAAUUACUUUGGAGCCACACAUUUCUUCCUCUAUCUUACCGACAUUUGUCCAAAAAUGACUAUGAAUAUUCCUCACCUUGAUAAGCCAACAUAAUUCCAUUAAAACCAUGGAGGAGUUUCCGAAACCUUCCUCCUCUUGUCUCGGCCUGACAAUUUCGCAAGCAAAAGCAGAGCCUCCUAAUGAGGCUCUGUUCCUCGUACUGCCUUAUCUUUCUGUGGGGGAGCUUCUCGCCUUGUCGCAGGUUUGCAUCUCACUCAGAGACGCAGUGAACGAGGAUGUUCUGCCCUGGCGCAACUUCCUUGUUCGGCCCCCUCUCAGUUCCAAUCUCUCCGAUCAGAUUUUGGUCAGGCUUGCUUCUAAGGCUAAUGGGGGCCUCACAACUCUUGGUCUCAUCAACUGCACCAAGAUUACAGAUUAUGGGCUUCAAAGGGUUGUGGAAGAAAACCCUUUUAUAAACAAGCUCUAUCUUCCAUCAUGCACUGGCAUAACCCCUGAAGGACUUAUAAGAGCAGUUAAAAUGCUGUGCCAAGGAAGCCAUUCCCUAAGCACACUAAGGAUAAAUGGAAUCCACACCCUACAGAAAGAGCAUAUUGACAUGCUUAAGCUUUCCCUUAAAAGGACCCUGCCAUUGGAGCCUAUGUACUACCAUGAACGCAAAAACUUGUCAGCAUUCAGGAACAGAACAGAAGAGGAGACCGAGCGAAACAUGGAUUUGGAAAUCUGUCCAGGAUGCUCUGAGGUGAGAAUGGUCUAUGACUGUGCAAGAGAAACCUGCAAGCGGAGAGACCUGAAUUUGGGUCGGUGCAAGGCAUGCAUAUUUUGCAUUCCAAGGUGUGAAAACUGCGGGAAAUGCCUUGGCUAUGACGGAACAGAAGAGACUGCUUGCGCAGAUUUGGUGUGCUGUGAAUGCUGGCUCAAGCUUCCCAAGUGCAAUUUCUGCAACAAGCCCUACUGUAAGCAGCACACAGAUUGGUGGUGCAGUUUCUCGGAAUCCGGACUCAUCUGCAGAAUCUGUGACGAAGAAUCUCAUGAAUACAUGUUAAGUUCUGAUGUUUUGUGAUUAAACUAUGAACAUCUAGAGCAAUUCCGUUCAUUCAUAUACCGCCUAGAGCUGGAGAUAAACCACAAUGUUAAUGACUUCUAUGUAGUAUAACUUUCUCUACAACUUCUAUUAGAUAUGUUAAUUCGCAAUUGAUAAUGAUAUGUAGGGCUUUCACUUU